AUGAGCGCUAAGUUCUUCGUCACCGUUGCUUCGGGCGCUUCAGCGCUGGUAAUUGUUGCCAGUUUGAUCUGCGUUGGAAUGCUCUUCCAAGAUAUCAACAACUUGUACGAUGACGUUAUGGACGACAUGCACGAAUUCAAGAUGCUUGCCAAUGCAGCCUGGAAAGAAAUGGUCCUUCCAACUACCUCGACUAAACGAACUGAAGCUGGAGCCAUAUUCGGUCGUGACAAGCGUUCUGCUGGACACUGCAACUGCGGUGCACAGCCAAACAACUGCCCAGCGGGGCCACCUGGACCACCUGGUCAAUCUGGUGAGGCCGGAAGCGAUGGACCCAAUGGGGAACCUGGACGACCUGGACUUCCAGGAAUUUCCCUGUUCAGCCCCAAAGAGCAAGUUGGAUGCAUCAAGUGCCCUGGUGGACCAGCCGGACCAGCAGGACCCGAUGGACCUGCAGGUCCGGUUGGCCCCGAUGGACAGCCUGGCGCUCCAGGAUCUGUUGGACAGGGUGGACUUCCUGGACCCGCCGGACCCGCUGGUGAUGCUGGAGCCCCUGGAGAGCCUGGAGCUUCUGGAGAACCUGGUGCUCCCGGACAGAAUGGUCAGCGCGGACAUGGUGCACCAGGAGCACCUGGACCCGCUGGACCCCCUGGACCUCAAGGACAGUCUGGAGCUCAAGGACAGCCUGGUGCCCCUGGGCAAGCCGGUCCACAAGGACCACCUGGUCCUGCUGGACAUGACGGACAGGCUGGAGCUCCUGGAACCGAUGGACAAGCUGGUGGACCUGGUCUUCCUGGAUCUGAUGCUGCUUACUGCCCCUGCCCACCGCGUACAGCCAAUGUCGAGACCAGUCCACAGUCUCAGGGCUACAGACGUCGUUUCUCCAAGAUCUAA